AUGUCACAGACAAAGACUCUUCCACAUGCGGUACCGCCGCCCCUUCACCCAACCAAAUCGAAUCCAAUUCAAUUUGUAUCUAUAAUAUCUAGAACUGAUAAACCAUUAUAUAUCCAAUCGUUUCUACCUGAUUCUGACUCCGGCUCUGAAUCCGGCUCCCACUCCCUCUCCCUCUCCCCUUCAGCAAUGAACCAGUUUCUCAAGUUCAAUUUUUUUAGUCAUAUGGCUUUGGAUAUCUUUACAUCGCCAACAUCGUUAUCAUUACGAGAACAGCAACAGCAGGGAGACAGUGCAGAUGGCAUUUUGCUUUUAUUUAUACAGGAUCAAGUUAUUGUAUAUGGGUAUGAGUCCAAUAAUGGAUUGAAAAUUAUAGUUGGUGUUGAUCAGAAAGUCCUGGUACAAUUGGAUGCUUUGAGCAAAUUUAUUAAGGAUGUUUACCGGUUGUAUUUAAGGAGAAUAUGUAAUCCGUUUAGGAACUUUGGAAUUGAAACUAGGAGCAGUAUCGAAGAUAAAGAGGAUGAAGCGUUGAACUCGCCGAAAUUUCACAAUAAAGUAAAAGAAUUAGUUGAAAAUUUUUGA